AUGCCGACCAAGAACGAAUCGUUAGAAGAAAAGAAGGAAGAAUCACGACCACCUAAAGCCGCUGCACCAAUUGCCAAUGCCGUACCUCCUAUUACUUCGUGUCAAAGUAAACAAACAGUUGCUAAUACUUCUUCAUCUAAUGUAACAUUAAAUCUACCAAAGCUUCACCAUCAUAAACAAUACCAUCAUCACCAAGAACAACUAUAUCAAUUAAUAUGUAAUCACGUACUCACCGUUUAA